AUGUCUCCCAAUCACAGUGAUCACUAUAUCCCAUUUUGCUCUCCACCACCUUCGCCGCUGUCACAUGAUAACCCACCUCCUCAGUUGACCCCACCACAGCAGCCUCCUCCUGUGACACCACCAACACCAUCUCCUUCUCCUCCUGUGGCAUCACCCCCGCUUCCUCCACCUCCUGUGACACCACCACCACCAUCUCCUUCUCCUCCUAAGACAUCACCCCCGCCUCCUCCUCCUCCUCCUAAUAAGACAUCACCCCCGCUUCCUCCACCUCCUGUGACACCACCACCACCAUCUCCUUCUCCUCCUAAGACAUCACCCCCGCCUCCUCCUCCUCCUCCUCCUAAUAAGACAUCACCCCCGCUUCCUCCUCCUGUGAUACCACAACCACCACUUCCUCCUCAUAAGACAUCACCCCCACUUCCUCCUGCUGUGAUACCACCACCUCCUUCGUCUCCGGUAGCACCAGCACCACCCCCAGGAGAUCAUACCACAAUCAUUGUUGUUUGCGUCUCACUCGGUGGUGUCUUCUUCCUUGCAUUUCUCGCAAUAGGACUCUUUUGCUUAUAUAAGAAGAAGAAGCGGGAAAUAGUGGAAGGAACCGAAUGUGCAACCGUAGAGCAACACUUGGAGGUGCAGGAGGCUAUUGUACCGGGGCCUCAUGGUGCAGAAACAGUGAUAGUUUCAGUUGAGGAGGACGUGCAUAUACAGAAAGGAAUCGAGAGGGAAACAGUUGGCGAAAGGUCACAAAUAUAA